AUGCCGUCAAACCUCCUAGCCACCCUCUACAGCUACCCCCGCCCCCCACCCCGCCGCCGCACCAAACCCCUCCAAAUCCUCUGCGUCGGACUCCCCCGCUCCGGCACCGAAAGCCUCAGCCUAGCCCUCACCCACCUAGGCUACACGACCUACCACGGAUGGGACAUAGUCUUCGACGACCCACCCUACACAGAACAAUGGGCGCGUCUCGCAGAACGAAAAUACUCCAACCCCCAUCCCCACCAUAACAAACCCACCCAAAUAACCACCACCGAAUUCGACGCCCUCCUGGGCCACUGCGACGCCGUAAUCAAUACCGCGGCCGCGUUAUUCAACCCUGAGAUAAUAACCGCGUACCCUGACGCCAAAAUAAUCCUCAAUACAAGAAAGGAUGUAGACGCAUGGCACCGCAGCGCGCUCAAAACCCUAGCCGAAGAAGGCGCAGACCAAUGGUCCCUAUGGUUCCUGAGACUUUGGACAGCAGAUAUGUAUUGGUUAUGGAGGUUAUAUUGUACAUUUGGAUAUCCGGGGUUAUUUCGGGGUAGGACGACGAGGGAGGGGUUAGAGAGGAAUGGGAAGAGGGUGUAUAUGGAACAUGGGGAGAUGGUUAGGGGGAUGGUUAAGGAGGAGGGGAGGUUGUUGGAGUGGAAUGUUGAGGAUGGGUGGGGGGGUUGUUUUCUGGGGAAGGAGGUUCCGGAUGUGCCGUUUCCGAAGGCGAAUGAUCCGGCUGCGUUUCGGCAGCAUAUGCAGGAUUUGGUGCGGCCAAGGGUGAUGAGAAGUUUGAGGAAUUUUGCGUUGUGUGUUGCUUCGGUGGGGGCUGUGGGGUUGCGGUUGUUUGGGGGUGAGUGGGAGGAGAGGGAAUGGGAAUGA